AUGGGGCUUCGUGACCCCGAGCCGGGGCGGUGCGCCCCGUCUUUCCCCGAGGAUGCCAUGGCCCGGCGCCCCGGCCCCCACCCCCACGCCUCGGACGGCAGCCCCGGCUCCGGGUCCAGCGCUGACGCCACUGACCGCGGCCCCCGGCGACCCGCGUCCCACACGCGCCGCCACCCCCGCAGGCCCCGCCGCAGCCGCUCCGGACGCCCCCCGCCGCCCGCGCGCCCGCGCAACCCCACGCCCCGCGCCGGCCGCCGCGCCGCUGCCCCCGGGCCCCGCGCCCGGCUCCCCGCGCAGGCGCGGCUUGCACAAUGCGCCGCGCAAACCCGGCCCGUUGCCCCGGGCAACCACGGGACGCCUGGCGGCGCGGCGGGGGGCGGGGGCGCAGCGCGCGCCACGGGGCCGGUCCCGGGUGAGCACUGGCCCCGCUCGCCUCGGAACCCCGGCCCUGUGCCCCUGCGGAUGCCGGACAGCUCCCCGCGCCCCGUCCGGCUCGAGCCCUCGGGAUCCCCGACGCGCCCGCCCCAGCGCAGGGACCGCGGACCCCGACCCCCGCCCCCACCGCCCCGGGCCCCAGACUCCCGGACGUGGUGCUCGGAAGCCCAGAACCGCUCUUCCGCGGACGCCCGGCCUCCACCCCAGCCCGGCCCGGCCCGCGCCCUCACCUCGCCCUCGGGAGCGCAGACCUCCCCCUGCGCACCUAGACUGGCCCCUCUCUCCCCAGACUGCCCCGACCCUACACCUGCGCUCCCCGCAGCCUGGCUUUAG